AUGGUUUGGUUAUCCGAAGAUGUAUCAAAAGAAAUAAUUCAACAAAAUUCUAUCGAUUGGGAUUCUAGGAGAACAAAAACGAAUAUUCGACAUCGAAAAAUAUUCGUUCAAAAUAAAUUACAACGAACGGAAUAUAAUUUGUCGAAGCAUCAAUCUCAACUUUCAUCCAAGUUCAACCUACAAAAUGAAAUAUAUGUGAAGAAUUCGAUCGACAUCGUAUUUAAAACGUUUGCUAUUAUUCUAAGAAAUGAUUUGAAUUCUUUCCAUGUACAUUUUGAACAGAAGAAACUCUUGUUACACUUUAAUUUUCAUGAUGCAUAUCUAGUCAAAUCAUUCUAUGAUUUAAAUCCAACUGAAAAACAAAUCCAUCUUGUUCAACAAAUUUGGCAAACAAAAUUAAAUUCAUGUAAACAACUUCUCCGUGAAAAAACGAAAACAAUUUUUCCUGAUAACAAUCCAAUAGUCAAUAUGAAUCUACAGUCCAUUGAUGAUUUUGUUCCUGUCAUGCGUGCCAUUAUUGAAGCACGUCUCAUCACUCUUGAACAACGUACACAAGUCAUCAUGGAAUUUAUCAACACUCCUUCUCAAUAA